GCUCUUCAGUUAGUUUGGUUUGACGGUUCGCUGGCUGGCUGGUUGGUUGCUUGGCUUAUUGGCUCACAGACUGGUUACGCGAAGCGAAGUGAAGUUGAUGCGAUUUAUUUGUUGUUUGUUGCCAAACGAAUGCGGUGAACUACCAGCGUUGAGUGCUGUGCUGUGCCGAGCGCUAUGCGGAGCUGAGUUGAACUCUGUGAGCCGCAAAUGUAGCCGUGAAAUCUGGUGAAUGUCGUGUGUCUUCAACAGCCACUGACGGCACUACUAACCGAUUUAAAAGUUCACCGCUCAAGUGUCUGUGCGUGCGUGUGUAUGUGUGCUGGUCGCUGCUGGCGCCGUCGAGAUUUGAAAUUCUAUGACCGAUUGUGGAAGCAAAGCGUUUUGUGAAAAGUGGAGUUAUAGCAAAAAAGUAGCAAACUUCAGUGAGUCGAAAAGAGCUUUGCGAGCUGGUGAUUUAAAGAAAGAAUAUUAAAUAAGUAAUAUCACCAAAUAGUAAAGAAAAUAUGCUUUAAGUCUAAAUCACAAAAUAAUACUAAAAGCACAAAUAGCUGCAAAUCACUUCUGCACCCAAAAGCAUGCAAAUUUGGUGUUCGUGAUGCAACAUAUAAAAUCAAAGUUGUGUGGUGUGGCAAAAGAAAUAUAUAUAAUAUAUAUUUAUAUGAUAUAUGCAGCAAUUCAGUAAAUGACAAAAAAAUCGAAUAAAAUGGCUCGAAUGCAACAACAUGUGACAACGCCUAAAAACAUGCAACGAAAAAGAGGAGUUACAAAAAUCUGACCUUGCGUCAGUUGCUAUGCAAUUCACCAAAUAAAAAUGCAUGUGCGUGUGUGAAAAUAUAAGUUUUAGGAAACAAUUGUAGUAAAUAAUAAUAAAAAUAUUUUUUCAAUAAACAAUAAUGCUAAAUGACAGUAAAGUUUUUCAAUUGCUUAGUGCUUAGUAUUGGCUUAGUUUAUAGCGUGUUGGCGCGACACCUAGACAUUUUCGAAAUUCCGACACUGUUGCUUGAUUGCUAAGGAUUAAAUCUAUAAUAUAUACAGUUAAUAAAACUGUACACAAAUUAAAAAAAAUUUCAAAUAAUAAAUUAUAAAUAAUAGUGCGCACUUAGCUUUUAAUAAAUUGCGCAACUGCUGUGAUAACAAGUGGCUUAUAUGAAUACAAAUAGUAAAUUUCAAAGCAAUUUCGGUUAAGUACAUCAAAAGAAAAAUUUUCGGAAAGUAAAAGCAGCUUCAUAAUAAAAAUUAAAUACGCACAAAUGUUACAGAAAUUUUAUUCACUGCUACAACAAAAUAAGCUUAAUGCAUAUACGCCCAUAAAUAUGCUAUAAAAAUAUGAUAAAAAUAUAUAUUUUGAUAACUGUGUGCUGAAAAAAAUAAUAGCACCAAGAAAAAAUAUCAGUGAAAUAAGCACGCUGAACGUUAACUGCCAGUAAACAUUCCAUUAUACUAAAAAAAACGAAUACUUUAAACUAGAAAGCUUCAUGACAACUAAAAUAACAAAGUAUUUACAAGGAAACUAAAAUUUAUGUGAUGCUAGUGUAUGCUAAGUAUACAAAACGUAUUUUUGGGAAACUCACCACACUGUGGUGAAAAAGUUUUUUUACGCGCAAAAGCAAAAAAAUGAACUUGCUUUGUGUUUUAAAUAUAAUGUUUUACAUUUAGACUUCGCUUAUAAGUUCAAUGCUCAUCAAAAAAUGCUGAACAAGUUUAAUUACGCUUUAAUUAGUGCAAUAGUAAAUAUGGAAUAACAAUUAUCAACUCCGUGACAUGAAAAAUAAGCUUUGACAAAUUUUACAUAGUGGUAAAGUCAUAAUUUAGAGAUCUCGCUGCAAAAAUGGUUGUUUGUUUUUUAGAAACUCCGUUUACAAUAUUUAUAUUAUGUGGAGGAGCACAAAUUGCAUAUAUUGCACUCAAGAGUAACGCACAUAGAGCAUUUUUAAAAUUUCACCACAAACGUGGGAAUAAAUAUCUAUUUUAUAACAAGUUUGCAAACACCAGAAAUGCUAUAUUAAAUACGCAUAAAGUAUAACACUGAACAUUUUUAAAACUCACCACGAUGUUUUGAAAUAUAAAUAUGUAUAUACAGAAGUCAGCAAAUAAUAGAGGUCAAGUUACUUUUCCCGAAAAUUAUACAAAAAGUUAGUAGAAAAGUUAGUUAAACUAAUUACCAUUUUGUGGUGAAUUUGAAAUGAAUUUGUGAAUUCUGAUAUCAAACUUGAAAACGCAUAAAGAAAUAAGCGACGCAAUUAACACAUUUCAAUUUAAUGGCUAAAUAUAAUAAGCAAACUUCGAAACGGUUUCAAAAACACUUUCGAAAGCAAUCAGCAACAAGACAUUACUAAAAAAGAUAACCACUUAUACUACUCGAAACUUACUACUGAAAAAUUAUUUAAAAAUCAGCACAAUUGCUUGAUAAUAAGUAUAAACAAGCAGAAAUAUCAAAGCGCAACUUUUAACGCACAGCACUACAAAAGCAACAAACAAUUAAAAACUCACCACACCUGUAUUCUAAGAUAAACUUUACGGCAAUACCAUGGGAUCACAUGGUGCCGGUGCAUGCGAUUGCUGCGGCGGAGGUGGCGGUGGUAGCUCAUCCACCGCUAGCAACAACGGCAACAGCGAUGCGCCGCAGCGACAACAACAACAAGCAGAGCAUAGCAACAACAACAGUCCACAACGACAACGGCCUCAGGCCCAACAGCAACAACAAGAACAUCCACAAUUUCCGCCGCACAUGUUCGGCGCCGCUGCCGCGCUACACCUGCGACGCGAGCGCGAGCCGCCACAACUGCCGCCCUUGCCCAUUGUACCCAUUAUGCCGCCGCGGCCACCACCUGCCCGGCAGCAAUCGCAACAUCACUUGGGCGUGCCGGCUGUGGCGAUAAUAGCGCCGCGCGGCAGUCGACACCAGCAAACGCAAGACGCGCAGAACAACAACAACAAUAACAUGGUUGUUGGCGGCGGUGGCGGCGGCGCCGCGCAAACGCAACACGCCAGCAUCGCGCACUACAUCAAUCAGGUGAAUAUGCAUAUGAAUCUCAGCAACAAUAACAACACUAAUACCGGCGGCACUGGCGUUGUUGUUGUUGGCGGCACCACCGGUGGCACAACUACGAACACGCUGAGCGUGAGCGUCACCAACGCCAGCGCACAGCACAACUAUAACAACAACAAUCACAUAUAUGUGAAUCCGCACUCGUACGAUAUGCAAACGGCGAGCGGCGCGGCACCGCGCACCCAACAAAACAACAAUAACGCCGCGAACACAACCACCAACAGCACCCAUAAUAACAAUUUGAAUAGGAGCAGCAGCAACAAUAACAUGCACACGAAUACGAACACCAGCAACACGAGCAUCUCGCAACACACCACCGCCACCGGUUCGACCGCAGUCGCCUUGCCACCACAACCACCAACAGCGAACGCGCACACGAAUCACACUCAACCACCGCCGCCGCAGAUCACCACCACCGGCGUCGGACCGCCGAACUUUGAUUGGCACUUCACGAACGGCAGCAGCAGCGCCGGCGCCUUUGGCGGUUUCGAGCUGACGCGCCAAUUCACCUCCUCCACACUGAGCACACUCAAUACAUAUCUAUUUCCGUGCGGCGCCGACUCCGCCGGCACCAUUGGCGGCGUUACGCUCAACAGCGGCAGUGGCUCGUGCGAUUUGGACAGCAACUUCAGUCAAAUGGUCGCCGGCAGCGAAGGCGGCGCCAGCUCCACCUUCAGCUCGGGCCUGGGCUUCAUCAACAAGCGGCGCAUACGCCGUCUCUUCGGUGUCGGCACACCGGAUCAUCGCUGCACUGGCGCGCAUGCCGCGGCUGUGCGGCGACGCAGCUCACCGCUGGUGCAUUUUCAAACGGCCGCUUUGGCUAAGAAGAAGCAACAACAAAUGGAACGCGAAGCAACUGUGGCAUCGGCAAAUGCGGCGCUGUUCGAACAGAAGAAGAAGAAAAAGAAGGAGAAGAAGAAACCGCCCGGUCCGCCGCCGCAAGUGCGCGCGCAGGCCUCGCGUCAAAUGGAAGAUCCGAUGAUGAAUCGCCCGCGUCGCCAAAACACGCCGAGCACCAAGAAGGACAAAGAGAAGGAGCAGCUAGAAUUUCAGUUGAAAAUAAUGCAACAGCUGCAGCAACAACAAUUACAAAAGCAACAGCAACAAGAUGUCGAACUGGACAUGGAGUAUAUCUAUGAGAAGUCUUUACCCAAAUUAAGCAGUCAAGACGAAGAAGGGGGGGCAGGUCAUGGGUAUGGUGGGGGGCCACAACACUUUGAACCCAUUCCUCAUGAUCAUGAUUUUUGCGAGAGAGUCGUUAUAAAUGUAAGCGGGUUAAGGUUCGAAACACAAUUACGAACGUUAAAUCAAUUUCCGGACACACUGCUGGGGGAUCCAGCUCGGCGAUUACGGUACUUUGACCCGCUUAGAAAUGAAUAUUUUUUUGACCGUAGUCGGCCGAGCUUCGAUGCAAUUUUAUACUAUUAUCAAAGUGGUGGUCGACUGCGGAGACCGGUCAAUGUCCCUUUAGACGUAUUUAGUGAAGAAAUAAAAUUUUAUGAAUUAGGUGAUCAAGCAAUUAAUAAAUUCAGAGAGGAUGAAGGCUUUAUUAAAGAGGAAGAAAGACCAUUGCCGGAGAAUGAGAAUCAAAGAAAAGUCUGGUUACUUUUCGAGUACCCGGAGAGUUCGCAAGCCGCCAGAGUUGUAGCCAUAAUUAGUGUAUUUGUUAUAUUGCUAUCAAUUGUUAUAUUUUGUCUAGAAACAUUACCCGAAUUUAAGCAUUACAAGGUGUUCAAUACAACAACAAAUGGCACAAAAAUCGAGGAAGACGAGGUGCCUGACAUCACAGAUCCUUUCUUCCUUAUAGAAACGUUAUGUAUUAUUUGGUUUACAUUUGAACUCACAGUCAGGUUCCUCGCAUGUCCGAAUAAGUUACAUUUCUGCAGGGAUGUCAUGAAUGUUAUCGACAUAAUCGCCAUCAUUCCGUAUUUUAUAACAUUGGCGACCGUCGUCGCCGAAGAGGAGGAUACGUUAAAUCUUCCAAAAGCGCCAGUCAGUCCACAGGACAAGUCAUCGAAUCAGGCUAUGUCCUUGGCAAUAUUACGAGUGAUACGAUUAGUUCGAGUAUUUCGAAUAUUUAAGUUAUCUAGGCAUUCGAAGGGUUUACAAAUUUUAGGACGAACUCUGAAAGCCUCAAUGCGGGAAUUAGGUUUACUUAUAUUUUUCUUAUUUAUAGGCGUUGUACUCUUCUCAUCGGCGGUUUAUUUUGCGGAAGCUGGAAGCGAAAAUUCCUUCUUCAAGUCCAUACCCGAUGCAUUUUGGUGGGCUGUCGUUACCAUGACAACCGUUGGAUAUGGUGACAUGACUCCCGUCGGGUUCUGGGGCAAAAUUGUUGGUUCGCUGUGUGUGAUCGCUGGUGUAUUGACCAUCGCACUGCCCGUCCCUGUAAUCGUCAGCAAUUUCAAUUACUUCUAUCAUCGCGAAACCGAUCAGGAAGAGAUGCAAAGUCAAAAUUUCAAUCACGUCACAAGUUGUUCAUAUUUACCUGGUGCAUUGGGCCAACAUAUGAAGAAGUCUUCUAUGUCCGAAUCAUCAUCUGAUAUAAUGGAUUUAGAUGAUGGCAUCGAUGCUACAUCAGGUUUGACUGAUCAUCCUGGCCGACAUUUAGCUCCAUUUUUGCGAGCACAGCAAUCAUUCGAAAAGCAACAAUUACAAUUGCAACAACAACAGAAUGGCUUGCGUGGCCAAACAAAUACACUGCAACUGCGUCACAAUAGUGCCAUGGCCGUCAGCAUUGAAACUGACGUCUGACUACUGGUAAAACACUUGGAAAACGGCCUCAAUUGGCAACGUGAAAAGCUGCGUUGGAUGCCAGAAACGUCAUCGAAAGCGGUCUAAAUCCGCUUCAGUGCAAAAUGAAGAAUCACUGCGGUUGAUGAGUAAGCAAAUGUUGCAAAAGGUAUAAACUGAAAAUAAGUAAAGAAACCAAAAACACAAAAAGAAACAACAAAAACCCAAAGUUAGCUCAUUGUUAACAAUGAAAAUACAAAAAGCGAAUAAUUUUUUUAGAACACAUUUAGAAAAUAUCAUAUUUAGCUACAGAAAAUUACCUAAAAUGCAAACAAACAACAAGCAGUAUAAGAAUUAUGAAAACAAAAACAAAACAAAAAAUUGUAACGAACAAAUUAUUAAAUGGGAACAAACUAUUAUAGAUUUAAUUUUUUUUGUGUAUUAGCGGCGAUAUUAGUAAAUCAAAUCAAACUAACAACAAUAUGUAUAGCGAAAUUCAUCGAGAUAAAGUCAUUAACAUUUUUAUUUAAUUUUUUCUUUCAGUAAAUUUUAUUCUAUUAUUUAAUGAAUAAUUUUCUAAUAGAAAAAUAUUAAACAUACAAACAGUUGUGUAGAGUGUGCUACUAAAUAUUGAAUGUGUGUGCACAUAGUAAGCUCAAAAAGUGCUUCAGUAUGAAUAAAUGACUGUCGUUGCUAAAGCCUAGUUUACAUUACAUCAUUAUAGACGCAGAACGAAUACAUAAGUGGCUAGUUUAUAAAUAUUUAUUUUAAUAUGAUCGUGUAUAGAAAUUGUUAAAAGGACUAGCGUCAUACAUGUGGUCGAUACCGAAGCAAACUCAAGCUAAGCAUUAUAAAGAUGGCAUAUUGCAACCCUGGCAUCAGCAAACAGCAGCUUAAAGCGUGUUUAAAUGGCCUUAAAGUCGAACAACAAGAAGUGGAAAUUGGCAACAGUGUUAUGCUAUGUGUUAAAUUCGUAAAUUCAUUUGCUUGACGUAAUGUUUUUAGGUAUAAAUGUUCAGCAAAAAGAACCCACUGGGUCUCAUUGAGUUUACUAUAACCUUUUAAAUGUCUUCGAUGACUUCCACAUUUUUUUGUGUUAGAGUUCUUUCAGAACAAUGAGAUUCUUGCACUAGUCAGUUGCUUUGAAAUUUUAUUUUUUUUACCAUUUUUAUACCCCGUAACACCCAGAAAAAACAUCGGAGACCUUCGAUAGUCGGUUUAGCAAUGAUCGUCUGUUUGCCCGACUGGUUUAAAGAUAUCGUUCUGAUAUUUUGCACAUAUUUUUUUGUCCCCAAAAAGCUGUUCAUUCUUCGGCAUUGCCGAUAUUGGACCACUGUAACAAGUCAAAACUCAAACAGGACGAUCAAAAUCAAGUUCUUAUAUAGAAAACGUUUUUUGUUUGACAAGAUAUCUUCACGAUAUUUAGCAAAAACUAGUAUUCAAAGCAGCGUUACAAUCUUCGAAGAAAUUUCUCAGAUCAAACUAAUAUAGCAUAUAGCUGCCAUACAACUGACCGAUCGAACUUGUACGAAAAACUCUUUUAGUUGCCAAAAUAUCUUCAUCACAUUUGGCACAGAUUAUAAUCCAAGACUUCGCUACAAUCUCCAAACAAAUUGUACAGAUCCAUAUUUUUCAUAUGCUAUAGCUAUAGCAUAAAGCUGUCAUACAAACUGAACGAUUGCGAUCAAGUGCUUGUACAGAAAACUUUUACAUAAAUUAUUCCCCAAGGCAGCGGUACAAUAUCCGAUUAGAUUGUUCAGAUUCGACCACUAUAGUUUAUAGCUGGUAUACAAAUAGCACGAUCAAAAUCAGAAUGAAUAUGUCUUUAUACCGUUUUAUGCUAAUAAUGUGUAUAUUAUAGCUUCGGUGCGACGGAUGUUAACUUCUUUUCUUAAUCUAUUAUCAUUCUAAAAUUUCUUGUCCUUAAUUCGCAAAGCUCUAGACUUGUUCGUAUGUUUUCUAAGAAAUUUUUUCUCUGAACGAAGAUUAUUAACUAUUAUAAAUUGCCUUAACACAUUUCAGCCAGUUACCCACACUCACACUUACACUCAUAUAGUCCACACAAACUCAUGCAUACAGCCAUAAGUACCAUAAAUUAAUCAAUAAAACUGCCGUUAUGUUUAAAAUAUAAAAUAAAAUACAAUGAAAUACAAACAAACUGCUCGUACUCGUACAUACAACAACAAAUAAUAAAAUAUAGAAUCAAAAUAAUGUAACAAAGCCUAAUAAAUAAAUAAAUUGCCGAAACAAAAACAAAAACCAAAACACAAAGCGUAAAUUUCAAUGCCACAAUAAUGAAAUCUUCUUUUGUAAAUACAAAAACAAUAAAUUACUGCAAAUACAAAUCUAAUAGUCAACUGCAACAAACGCUACUAAAAAAUUAACAAACAAAAAAAGCAAAAAAAAAAAAAAACAAAAACAAAGUAUCAGCAAACUUGUAAAUUAUAUAAAACUACUACAAUUAUAGCCAACAUAUUUUUUUUUUGUAAUGUUACUUUUAAUUAUGUUUUUUCUUCACUUUUGUUUAUCCUUAAUUUGUCUUUAAUAUUUCAUAAAGUAGUUUAGUACUUAGUACUUAGUAAAUGCGUUUAUUGUUGACUUUUAGCAAAAAUAUAUUAAAAUCUUCCAAAACUAUAAUUAAAUUAGAAUGCGUAGUGUAUAUGUAUGAGUGUAUAGCAUUAUCCGAAGCUCUUAUGUAACUCUUCCACUAUUAUAUAUGUAUGUAUGUAUAAAAAGGUUUGUAUCUAAUUAGAUGCUGCCUACUAAAUGUUUGUGUUCAUGCUGUAAAUUUAGUUGAAAAAUAUCAUAAAUUAUAUACAAGUAUGUUUGUAACUGCUGAACUGUUGCUGGAGUUCGUCCUUAAAAUCUCAUAAAAAGUUUAGUUUCAAGUAUUUAUUUAUUUUUUUUUUGUUUUCCUAAAACAUACUAUAAGAUAACUACAAUUAUUUGUUAGGUACGUCAUGCCUUUAAUUGUUUCGAAAAUCUUCUCUUAGAUAAACAAGAAAUUAUACCAAUUUAUUUCAUGGCCUUAAAGCUGAAAUUAUUUAGACUUCUGGUUAGCAAACCCUUUCGCUGUUUAAGUUGAACUAAAUGAAUUGAACUAAAACUGGAGCUUGUUCUGCAUUAAAGGUAUAAUUGGCAGCGAGUAAAAUUACGCUGAGCCGUGAGUGUUGUACGUGUCAUAGGACCUAUAAGCGUAAUGAGUUGCCUGCGUUCUCAUCCGGAUUCUUUUGUCUCUCAUUAUCGGAACAUUUUCUUUUGAUAUGCAUUCACACGAGUCCAACAAUUCCCUUUCACAUCACAUUCUUAAAGGGGUUUCUACCUUGUAAGUUCAAAAAAAUCGCAUUUUAUUCUUUUGAAUAAUCAAUUUGAAUGAUCAGAUAGAUAGUUUUUUUUUGCUCAAAACCACGUUUUUCGAGUCGGUAGAGGCAUAAAAAAUAAAUUAUUAAAUUAUUUGAGAAUUUUUUAGAUAUGUUCAUCCGGAAUUUUUGCAUCCGUGGUAUUAGAAACUGCUAAAAAUAUUCAUAACUGUUCUUAAAAAAAUAAUUUUUAACAAGAAAAGAGACAAAAAUCGAUUUUUUUCUCGAAAUAUUAUAAUUUUUGCAUUUUUUAUGUUUUUUCCAUUCUGGUGUAAGAAGGUAGAAAUUCCGCUUAAAUUCUUGUUCGCUGCAUAUAUGCGGUGUACAAAAAUAUUUUGGUUAGCUAAUUUUUAUCUUUUUUUCCCUUUCUAAAAUAUUUCUGCUGUUAUUUUAUCCAUAUAUAACAAAAUAUGUAUACUAAAAAUACAUAAUAAAAAUCAUAUUUCCGAACGUAUUGAAAACAAGCGGAAUCGCAACCAUGAAAAAUAUUUCAAAAUUGAAAGGAAUGCCGAAUUCAGCACGAACGGCACGGUCUUCCUUCUUUUUUCGUCUACAAAAAACCGGUUUGGGCGUCAAAAGAGUCCAUGUGUGAACGCAGUCUUUCCAGCAACUAUCGAUUACUCGCGAAAUUGUUUAUGCUUAUUCGAAGCGAAUAUUGGGCCAAGUUACUACUCUUUAUUUGUUAAAAGCGAGCUUAAACUCACUUUAAAAAACUUGAAUCUUGGUUUAUUCUGAGCUUAAGCUUCAUUUGUACAAAAUACACAAGUUCGCAUUCUUGCCUCUCUAGACAUAAAGCGUACUCAAAUGGGAUGUCAAAUAUAGACAGUUAUUAAACUUCUUUUCGAUGACAACCCUCAAAAGUCUGUUUUUUUUACUUUUAUUUAUAUUUCACUUAUUAAGGUUUUUAAUGUAAAAAAAAAAGUUUUUUGCGAAUUUAUUUCUAAAAUAUGGAUAGAGUCAUUUUAUUCGGACCUUUUGUACAUUAUUGAUUAUACUUUUGACAAUCUAGGGUAAUUUUUUCAUGCAGAAAUAUUUUAGCAUAAGCCGGUAACAGGGCUUCUCUCAGAACGUCUUGAGAAAAAAACCCUUGCAAUGUUCACCACUCGGCUGGAAAUUAUCCGACAUUAAAAACCAAGAAAAAUUUGUCAAAUUAAAAUCAAUUCCCCCCUCGUUCUCUGUUAUUUUUUUUUUCAUUUAAAAAUGUUUGACGACCAUUUAAAAUGAAAACUGCUGUUUUCAUAAAACAAAAUUUUAUUAAAAAAUUCCGCCAUUUUGUGUGUGGAAAACAUCCUUAAUGUAAAAAAAAAAUAUAUACGAAGGGGGGAGGUAUUUUAUAUGUUAAAAAUGUGUACAAAGUCUGAAAUGAAUCGGUCAAGCAGUUUUGAUAUGACAGUGAACACGGACUGUGAAAAAGUAGUUUUGAAACAAACGCGUCUAAAAUUUAUAAACUAACAAAGUGACGAAAAAAAAUUACCCUUCAUUGUCAAAAGUAUGCUCAAUAAAUGUUUACUUAAGAUAUCUCAAUAAAUUUCCGAGAUUAUGUAUAUCGUCACCUAAAAUGCAAAACAACGUAUUAUCAAAAUAUCAUGUUAUUUGUAUAUGUAGCAUAAAAUUUUCAGCUUCGUCGUCAGAUAUAAUAUAACCAAUAUAUAACCGUUUUAUAACCAAAACUAAAAUUUUGUUUCAAUAUGAGUGUAUGAUAACCAACAUAUAACCAUUUCAUAAUCAAAACUCAAAUUUAGUUUCAAUUUGAGUGGUUUCUAUUAUAUCGUUUUUCCUUCGCCUGUAAACUUAUGAAAAGUGAUGUUACGUUAUUUUGCAUUUUAGAUGACAAUAUACAAGAUUAGCACUAGUCGAUUUAAGCUAAAAAUCCCUUACUGUGGAUCAGAUCGGAUCAGGUUAUAUACUCCGAAAUUAGACAUGAAAAGUCUUUUUGACAAAAUAUAUUUUCCAAUAAAAUUCUGAGAGUUUUCCUUAAACUUAAAAGAGAAUUGGUAUAGUUAAAAUUUAAAUUUAAACGAAAUUAAACUUCCAGCUUUAAUUUUCGACAUAACCUUCUUCUAUGUGUAAACAAAAUAGUGUGUUGCUAACAAAUAAUGUUUCUUAGCUAAAUCUCUUUCAAAUAAUUUUUUUCGCAACAAGGAAAUCACCAGCUUCAUAUCUUUGCUUAUCUUCAUGGUCGAGGGUCUACUAAGAAUAAUUAUUCGCUAUAUUUUAGACCAAAGUCUCAAAAGUUUUUUUUGCAUUAUAUGGUAUUAUACAAGGAAUAGAGUCCUUCUUUUCUAUGGCUUCACAAAGAACUUUUUAGCAGUCCACGUGCAAUCUCUAUAGAUCAGCCAUCUAACAUAACCUAACCUAUUAUAAGAAUACAUCUUCCUUAUAUUUUAAAUAUUCUUAUCUAACAAUAUUAAUUGAAUCUGCCUUAUCAAAGCAGGGAGGUGCCUCUGAGCCUUCUUGCAGAACGCUAAAAUAUCCGAAAUAUGUUUGCUUUUGAUCUUUUUUUUCUAAAUAAAGCAGAAGUAUGCUUAUGUGCUUUAUUUAGAAAAAAGAAAUCGGAAGCUAACAUAUCCUAUUGAGUUUAAAAUAUCUUCGAAAUAUUGAAUUAUUUUUGGAUUUGUUUGAUCACUGAAUUCUUUUUAUUUUGAAUAUAAUUAAUUUUGGUUUCUCAAGUAAUUGAGUAAAUAUCAAAAGUAUAUAAAUCUAUAUAUAAAUAAUAAUAUUUUGGAUUUGUUAUUUGAAAGAAUGUGUAUCUCUUUUUGGAUUAUAUCAAAUUGUAUCUCAAUUUUUGUUCAGUAUAUAUUUUCCACAUUUUUAUUAAAACUUUAUACAAAUGCUUUUUUAAACAAAAACAAUUAAUUUUUCCAUAUUGUGGCUUAUAAAUAAUUUGCCUGUACGUGUGAGAAACACAUAUACAUGAAUGUUUACUUGUAAAUAUUUACUGUAAAAAGUAUGCAAAGAAAUGGACAAAAGGAGAAUAAUAAAUAUGCAAAGCAAAACAAAAUAAGAAGAAAUGGAGAUUAAAUAAAAAACAAUUCUGAAGUUAUCUAAAAGCUUUGAAUACCGUCCACGCCAAAAAUAAAAUAAAAAACUUAUCAAAAAAGUGUAAAAACCUAAAGGAGAAAGCAAGUAAAGAUAAUGCACAUAUUUUCGCUUUUUUUUAAAUAAAUUUUGGUGUAAAUGCGACAAAAAAUUAACAAAGAAUUUUUACUUUUUAUUGCAAAAAAAAUAUUUGUUUAUUAUUAUUUAUUAUUUAUUUUUUUUAUUAUAUUUAUAAAUGCUUAUUAUUUAAUUAAUUUUUAUUUUAUUAUUUUUAUUUUAUAAUUUUUUUCAAUUGCAAUUUAAUUUUUUUUUCAGUUCGAAAAUUCGUUUAUUUGUAGGAGAAAAAAAGAAAAAAAUAUUUUUUUUCAAUUGUCACAUCUAUUUUUUUAUUAUAAUUUUUUUUUUUAAUUUCGUUUAUUUGUAGGAAAAAUGUAAUAAAAAAAAUUGCUAAAACGCCAUAUGAUGCAUCAGUUUAAUUACAUAAUUAGAAAAACAACAUAUCGAUAUAGAAGUUUUGUGUAAUUUUUCGUUUAAGUUAUAAAAUCGAAAAUCAAAACAAAGAAAACUAAAACCGAAAAAUAAAAACAUGAAAACUGUGUAAAAUGAUAUCACACAAGAAUAAAAAUCAAUUAUGAAAUGAUGCGUGUUUAUAUUCUUAUUCCAAUUAUUAUAAAUUCUAGACAUCAAAUUAAAUGGAAAUGUGAAAUAAAAAUAAAUCAAUUAAGAAAUGGCUUUUUUAUUCAGAAUAUCCUAAGUAUAAAAGAAAAUAAUAAGAAGAAAACAAAAAAAAAACACAAAGCAAAGCAACUAAAAUUCAAUUAUAAAUAAAAUAAUUAUACAUACAUACAAAAUGCAAACACACACACAUAUGAAUAUCAAGUAUGAAAUCGAAGUAUUAGUGCGUGCAAAAAUCAAUUAAGACAAUUAAAAACAAAAAAAUAAAUAAAUUAUAAAUAAUAAAACUAAUAGAUAAUGAAUAUGAAAUAAUUUGUUAAAAAUCUUGCCAAACUAAACUAAAAUACGAUUAAAUGAACAAAUGAAAAUAAUAUCAAACUAAAUGAAUUAUAGCAAAUAAUAAGCGUAACUACACAAACAGCAAGCAUAGCGUCAAUUUCCAAUUUUAUUUAACUUCAAGCGAAAAAAUAAAGCAAAUUCAAUCAAAACAAGUUUCAAAUACAAACACGAUAUUUAAUAUAUGUAUACACACAUAUAAAGGCAAAAAGCCGAACAAAUUAUUGUAAUUAUUUUAUAGAGACCAACAAUUACAAAAAAGAGCAUUUCUAUGUACUUCUACUGAGCUUUGCUUCAUUUCGUCAAAUCGAAAGCACAAAAAUUGUCAAAAAAUGAAAACACAAAACUUAUUUUGUAAUAUUUAAGUUGCUUUUAACGAUUAUGCCCUGUAGAAAGUGUUUGAGAGCAACCUUUUUUGUGUUCUAGUUGGCUUGCCUGUUGGCCAGUUGGUAUGUCUGCAUUUAGAUUAAUGCAUAAACAUUGUGUUUUUUUUUUUGAAAAUUAAAAAAUCAUUAAUGUAUAUCCAACACCAAAUUUAGCCUUGCUUUGUUUCAUAUAUUUUCAAGGCUAAAAAUGUAAUUUAUACAUAUAUUACUAUAAAAAAAUAUGUAUGCCCUGUUCACAUUACAGCGUAAACCACUUAAUUUGCCUUCAAACAGCUUUAUAUCUAAAUAUUAAUGAUUUAAUUUCAGCUUAAUUUAUCAACCACUUUUUUGGACUAUAAUAAUUGUUAAUAAUCAAAGGAUGAUCAAUUUCGAGGUUACCCAUUUUUUUAAGAAAAAACACAGAAGCUUCAAGUUUAGUGGGAAAUGUUUAUUAUCAUUCGAAAGAACAUUCUUAGGCAUUUAUUUUUGAAGAUUAUCUCUUUCAAAUAUUGACCGCGGCUACGUCUCAGAUGGUCCAUCCGUUGAGUCCAAUUUUCGAUGACUCGUUCAAACAUUUCGGCUGGGAACUGUCGAAUGACACGCAUGAUGUUUUGCUCCAAGGCCUGAAUCGAAGCGGAAUUGUCUGCAUAGACUUUAGACUUUACAUAUCCCUACAAGAUACCAAAGGCUAACGGUAUGAUAUUACACAAUCCUGGUGGCCAAUUGACCGGCCCAAAACGAGAAAUUAUCUACUCAUCGAAGUAUUCUCUCAAUAAAUCCAUUGAUUGAUGCGAUGUGUGGGAAACACAUCUUGUUGAAACAAAAUGUCACCGAGGUCACGAACUUCAAUCUCAGACAUCAAAUAGUCGGUUAUCAUGGCGCGAUAACGGUUGACGGUUACGUUCUCACCGACAUUAUUUUUUGGAAGAAUUACUAUAUAUCGAUGAUUCCACCAACCCACAAACCACACCCAACCGUUGUUUUUCAUGAAUGAAAUGGCAAUUUCGUCCCAAAUGCUACAAUUUUACUUGUUUACAUAACCAUUGAACCAGAAACAAAUCUUAUCGCUGAACAAAAUUUGGUUCGAAUACGUCGGGUCUUCUUGGAACUUUUCAAGAAUACACAGAACGAAACGUAGCGGUUGGGAAGGUCGAACGGCGUCAGUUCUUGCACAAGCUGUAUUUUGUACGCUUAAGAUCUCGACUUAAAAUGCGUCAAGUCGUAAUCCAUACGACGGUCCGAGUUGCUCCGAACGGCGCCGAAUUGACUCUCCACGGUCUUCGUGUACACACUCAGCUACGGCUGCUAUAUUUUCUUCACUGCGUGCUGGACAUAGUCUAUUCGGUCGAAUAUUAUCCAAUAAUGAUAAUGAUGGGCUCAAGUUGGGUGAUUGGUUUUGCGAACAGUACGCUCAGUAGGCCGAUUAUGUUGACCAUAAGAUGAGCGAAGCGCGCGAAACACAUUCUUUACAGAACGGGAAUUUUCGUAAUAAAGUUGAGCGAUUUGUAACCAUUGUGCAGGCGUAAGUCUUUCCAUGAUGAAAUGCCAAGCAGAACUGAACAAAACUAACAUGACAGCAUGACGCGUGAUUUGUCAAAAAAUGGCUUUUAAAAAAAGUGGUACUUGGAUCACUCGUUUUAUCAAGAAAAGUUAUUUGGGAGAAUUUCAGAACUCGGACAUUAAUUACCCGGUUAAUAUGUAUAAUAGAAAAUUGGAAUUUUAAAUAAAAAAUAGGGCAACAUGGUUUCAAUUAAUUAAUUUAUAAUUUAUUUGUAUUAUUAUAUUAUUUAUUUCUUCCUAAAAAUUAAUAAAGGCAGAUUUAAAAAUAUUUUAAUUUAAAAAUUUGGAUUAAUAUUUUAAUUUUCUGUUUUUAAUUCCAAUUUUAGAUCAUUUUUAGAUUUCAAACCGGAAUUUGGAUUUAGAAAUCUUAAAAUUAAUUUUAAUUACGAUUUAAUUUAGCAAAAAAUAGUUUAAUUUAAUUUAUAUGUAAUGUUUUUAAUGUAUUCUUGACAACCUUGAUUACAACGCUCUUGCUACAGGGCAUUAUCUCAAAAAUUAUAUAUUUAAAGAGCAUUAUUUAUAUAAAAAAGACUGGUUAAGAACGAGAGAUAAUCUCAAAUUGCAAAAUUCAAAACAAACCAAUAUAAAAUUAAAAAAAUGUAUGUAUCUAUGAAAAAUGUUAGUUUUUAAUUUUGUAAAUAUUUAGUUUACUCACAACAACAAGAAAAAAAUAUUAAUUUCAUAAAACUUUGCUUUAAAACAAAUAGUUAAAGGAACAAAUGCCUAAAAAGCGAAUUAUUUGAAAACUGAAAACAAAUAUGCAAAAGAACAAUAAGAAAUGCAACAAAUGAAUAAUAAAGAUAAAUGCUUAUGAUUAUUGAUAGAAAACACACACAAAAUAAUACAAUAAUUUAGGAGAAUAUUAAAAAUACAAUAAAAACGCAUUUCCAUAACAAGCCGUGCAACUGCAAAACAAACCCAAAAUAAAUCUGAUUAUAACGCAGAAAACAAAAUGUAUACAAGCAAAACGAAAGAAAGCGCUGAAGAAGAAACUAUAAAGACGAAUAAGUAAAUAGCGAAAUAAACGAAGAGAACGACAGGAGAAAUCUAAGGAUACGCAUGUGAUAUAGAAACAAACAAAAAACGUAACGAAAAAGCAGUACCUAAAGACAAACGGGCGCAGAGAUGUAAAGAGGAAGGAAGAAAUUUCCGAGGAAUAGCUUUAGCGUAGACGGACGACGAGGCGGAAUUUCAAAUAAGGCAACAAACGAUCGGCGACAACAAAUAAAUAGUAUGCAAAAAUUCAAUAUUUACCACAAGUAUGUAUGAUUACAAUUACGUAAUGAAUAUGCGUAAAAACCAUUAUUAUUUAAAGCAAUAAUUCAAAUUCAAUUGAAAAAUUAUCAAAUUUAAGAGAAAUUGCAAUAAAUUGGCCCCAUUUACCCCUAGAGCCUUGCAGCGGCGCAGCGCGUGGCGUUUCAAACUCAAAAGCCAUCAACAAUUUAGGUAUCAUUCAAUUAAAAAAUAAAAUAAAAUGAAAUAAAAAAAAACACGAAAUCAUAAAUAUUAAAAACAAAAAUGCAAAAUAAA